AUAACUUUCUAUUAUUGCAAUCCGCCAUUUUUUAACAACAUUCGUUUGCUUACCUUGCUAUUUGAAUACAAAACGAACUUAUUACGAAAGUUCACGUUAAAAAAUAAAAAAAAAUAAAAAAAAAAGAAAUGUCCGAACGAGGGAAAGCAAGAGCACGUGGCCGUCCAGGCAGAGGCGACGGUGUGGGGCAACCGCCGAGAAGGCCUGGGGAGCAACUUCAGCAAACAAGCCAAGCCAGAGCGUCGGGGCCGCGCCCCCAGCCUCCGUCAGCAUGGGGUGCUCCAUCCGUGGCCCCGUCGGCCCGUGCCGUAGCCCCUACGCUAGCUUCAGGGCGGGCAUCACACCGCAACCCUGCCGCACCACACGAGCAUCCCGGAGAUGUGGAUAUACAAGCCAAACUCAAAACGUUAUCCAUAGAUCCAGUGGGCGGUGCAGGAGGCGAUCAGGGUAAUCAGAGCCGUGGGUCUCACCGUGGAGGUGGACGUGUGCUGUCUGAAAUGACCAUAUUACGGACUCGUCCAGUCACAGUAACUUCAAAAAAAGGAGCUACUGGACAACCACUAAAUUUGAUGGCAAAUUAUUUCACUGUGAAGACCACACCUCAGUGGUCUUUGUAUCAAUACCAUGUUGAUAUAACGCCUGAAGAAGACCGGACUGGAAUAAAGAAAGCUUUGAUGCGUAUCCACAAAAACACAUUUGGCGGUUAUCUAUAUGACGGAACGGUGUUAUACACCGUCAAGAAACUUCAUCCAGAUCCAUUGGAGCUCUAUUCUGACAGAAACGACGGUGAAAGAAUGAGAAUAAUGAUAAAGCUUACUUGCCAAGUGAGCCCCGGCGAUUACCAUUAUCUCCAGGUUUUCAACAUUUUGAUCAGGAAGUGCUUCUCGCUACUUAAUUUGACACUUAUGGGUAGGGACUUCUUCGAUGCAAAUGCCAAGGUGGAUAUACCAGAGUAUAAAUUGCAAAUAUGGCCAGGUUAUAAGGCCACUAUCAAUCAGUAUGAAGAUAAAUUGCUGAUGGUGACUGAAAUUGCUCAUAAAGUACUGCGAAUGGACACUGUUCUUCACAUGCUGCGAGAAUAUAUCGCGAAAUCUCCUAACUACAAACCUAUAUUCACAGAAGAACUCGUAUCAAAAAUAGUUAUGACCGACUAUAAUAAAAAAACUUACAGAAUUGAUGAUGUUUCAUGGAAUGACAGCCCCCUGUCAACAUUCAGGAUGAAGGACCAAGAUGUUUCUUAUGUAGAAUACUACCAGAAGAAAUACAACAUCAAAAUCACGGACAUGAAGCAGCCUCUUCUGAUCUCCCGCUCGAAGCCCCGCGACAUUCGCGCCGGAAUGCCCGAGCUGGUGUACCUGGUGCCCGAGCUGUGUCGCCAGACCGGCCUGUCGGACAACAUGCGCGCCGACUUCCACCUGAUGCGCUCGCUCGACACGCACACGAAGAUUGGGCCCUCCAUGAGAAUACAGAAACUGCUCAACUUCAAUCGCAGACUCACGCAGACCAAGGAAAUUGUAGAGGAAUUGGGUGCUUGGUCCCUCAAAUUGGACAACGACUUGGUUCGCUUCAAAGGAAGGCAACUUCCACCUGAGAAUAUAGUUCAAGGUGGCAAUGUCAAAUAUCCUGCAGGAGAUACUACGGAAGGUUGGACGAGAGAUAUGAGAUCUAAAAAUCUAUUUUCUCUCGCUCAAUUACCGGCUUGGGUAGUGAUUACCCCUGAGCGCCAGCGCAGAGAUGCUGAAGGAUUCGUGGAUCUCAUCAUGAAGACAGGCAGCGGAGUGGGCUUUAGAAUGCCUCGACCUGAGAUUGUGACUAUUCAACGUGAUAGCCCACAGGAUUAUUCGAACAUGUGUGAGAAUGUGAUUGCAAGAAAAAAUCCUGCCAUGAUAUUGGUUGUCCUCGGCAGGAACAACCCAGAAAGAUACGGCGCCAUUAAGAAAAAGUGCACAGUGGACCGCGCUGUGCCGACGCAAGUUGUAUGCGGACGGAACUUGUCCAGCAAGUCUGCCAUGUCUAUCGCUACCAAAGUGGCAAUCCAGAUGUGUUGCAAGCUCGGCGGUGCGCCUUGGACGGUGGAGAUCCCGCUGCCGACGCUGAUGGUGGUGGGCUACGACGUGUGCCACGACACGCGCAGCAAGGAGAAGAGCUUCGGCGCGUUCGUGGCCACGCUGGACCGCGCGAUGACGCAGUACUACUCCAGCGUGGACGCGCACACCUCGGGCGAGGAGCUGAGCGCCCACAUCGGCUUCAACAUCGCCUGUGCCGCCAAGAAGUACCGCGAAAAGAAUGGAGUCUUGCCGGGACGUAUUUUCGUUUAUCGAGAUGGCGUUGGCGAUGGACAGAUUCCAUAUGUGCUCAGUCAGGAGGUGGCUGAGAUAAAGGCGAAGCUUGCAGAAUUGUAUGGCACAACUGAAGUUAAGAUGGCGUUCAUUAUAGUGUCGAAGCGCAUCAACACGCGCGUGUUCGUCGACACCGGCCGCUCUGGCGAGAACCCGCGUCCCGGCACAGUCAUUGAUGACGUCGUCACAUUGCCGGAACGAUAUGAUUUUUAUCUAGUAUCGCAAAAUGUCCGCGAGGGCACGAUUGCCCCCACAUCAUACAAUGUUGUAUACGACACAUCCGGAUUGGAUCCUGAUAGAAUCCAGAGGCUGACGUACAAGUUGACGCACAUGUACUUCAACAACUCGUCGCAGGUGCGCGUGCCGUCCGUGUGCCAGUACGCGCACAAGCUGGCCUUCCUCGCCGCCAACAGUCUGCACUGCUCGCCGCACGUCACGCUCAGCGAAACGCUCUACUUCCUGUAAAUGUAAACGAUACACCGUUUCUGUACCACCAUUGUAUAGGGUACACCUGACAUGCGACCAACGACAUAUCUCAUGAAGAGAAAUAGAUAGCGGCGAAAAGUCCUAUCUCUUUUAUACGGAGAGUCAGCGACAGUCAGACCUUCGUCAUUUUUUAUAUAAAACCCGAAAGUUUGUCCUAUCUCUUUUAUACGGAGAGCCAGCGACAGUCAGACCUUCGUCAUUCUUUCUAUAAAAGCCGAAAGUUUGUCCUAUCUCUUUUAUACGGAGAGCCAGCGCAGCAAGACCUCCGUCAUUCUUUCUAUAAAAGCCGAAAGAUUGUCCUAUCUCUUUUAUACGGAGAGCCAGCGCUGCCAGACCUUCGUUAUUCUUUCUAUAAAAGGCGAAAAUUUGUCCUAUCUCUUUUAUACGGAGAGCCAGCGACAGUCAGACCUUCGUCAUUCUUUCUAUAAAAGCCGAAAGUUUGUCCUAUCUCUUUUAUACGGAGAGCCAGCGACAGUCAGACCUUCGUCAUUUUAUAAAAGCUGAAAGUUUGUCAUCUCAUGCUCCUACCAUAGGUAAAUACCGUAACUAACAGCGGAGUUUGGACCGUGGUGGCCUUGGUACUUUAGAGAGUGGAGUAUAAUUUCUCAUAAUAUGCCGUUAAAAGAAUUACGGUUGAGGAUCUUUAUCCUAGAAACCUGCUACCUCCCAAAGCCAACACAGUCCAUACUCCAUAAUUGGCUACCGUACUUAUGGUUGGAGCAUGAGCUGACAAACUUUCAGUAUUUAUAAAAUGAUGAAGGUCUGGAGUUUACAGGCUAUUGGGUUAUUUCAUUGUGCUGCAAUAUUUGUUGACUUUAUACUUUCUCUUCACGAAAUACAACUUUUGGUUGUAUGUUGGGCUUACAGGAUCUGAGGAACACUAUUACAAUUAAUCACUAUCAAGUAAAUUUUCCAAGUCAAGUUUGUAAAUAAAAGCUAGGAUAACCUCUUUAUUAAAAUAAGGGGGAGGUCAUCAACAACCACAUUGUGUUACGAAUUGCAUGGUACGUUAUCCCUUUCCAACGGCUAAUAGAAUGAAAAAAAGUUGACACUUUUUUUUAAUGGUCAUAAAUACCUAGUUCAUUAUCGCUUUACUAGACUAAAAAAAAAUCUCAUAUUUUUUUGAGACGUGAUUACAUGAAAAUAUUAGUUUUUAAAUGUUUUUGACAAUACGAGCCAAAUCGCCUUUCGGCCAUGACGGUCUAUAUUUCAACUGUUUCAUGACGACGUCACUACAAUAAAUCCCAUACAAAUGGAGCGUUUGACAAAAAUAUUAAAAUAUUAACAACUAGUUCGACGUUUAGUACAUCAAUGGUGUUAGUGACGUCACAAAAUGGACGACAGCGUUUUUGACAUUUGGAAAUUUUGAAAUAAUUCGUGAUAUUUAAAUUAAGUUUUAGAAGGAAUCCUUAACUUUUAAUAAUUAAUAUCGAUAUAUUUCGGACCCUUAUUCCAUGUACCUACUACACGAAAUUAAUAUUGUUUGUAUUAAAUUUGAUAUAAGUCAACUACCCUAUUGCGUGCUACGUUAUCCCGCUCCUAAUGGGCCAAUAGAAUUGAAGAGUUUUCGUAAAUAUACUCAGAGGCACAAUUAUCCGCCCACUUUCAUAUACUUGCGUCAUAUUAAAGUGGGCGGAUAAUUGUGCCUUUGAGUACAUAAAAGUUUGGCUUCUCAUUAAAAUUAAGCUACUCACGGAAAAUUACCUUGAUAGUAAUAAAUUGUACAAAUUUUUCCUGAUCCUAGUAGACUAACGGCCGUUUACAAUAACCUACCCAAGAUUACGGAUAGAUAGCUAUCCUCGAUUAUUAGUAACAGUCAAAACUAUCUUUACAUAGUCAAACUAUCUGUCAAUAGGUUAUUGAAAAGCAGAUAAGAACAGAAAGAUUUUCUUAAGCGAAAUGGCGGAUAGAUGAAUAUUGAAAACGACCGUAAUACUACAACACUGGUUAAGAGUUAGCCAGCUUUGAAUUUAAUUCACUUUCAGACUUUGGGCCAUUGUGUUCCCUUAUAUCGUAUUCUUUAUUACUCCACAAAGGAAAUCUUAAGAGUUUAUUUCUGUUCUGAUACAUGUUUGUGUCACUUACAUAACCCUAUAAAAAAUAAUUAUUUUCAGAAUUUAAUCUGGUUGAGAUUAAUGAUUUCAGUAUUUGGUGGUGUGACUAUUCACAAAUUAAGGAUUAUUGUUUUUUUUUUCUACUUGUCUGGAUGAACACAAUAAUAUGGUAAACAUAAAAAAUUAGUUGAAUUACUAUAUCAGUAAUAAACUGACUUGUUUGUGGUAAAAUGCCACUCUAAAAUAUUGCCAACCAUGACAUUUGGUUCACUUAUUAAUUGACACUUUAAUUAGUAAGUGUUCAUCCUUAGUUUAUAAGUACGAGAAAACCACCUGCACAAAGUGUGUACUGUACUAAGUGCAUUUAUUAUUUGUUAUGUUAGUAUUAAAACUUCUUAGCUACUUUAUAUAUUUUUUUUAAUAAUUUCGCUCAAAUCGGGUAAAGCCUCUUGUAAACAUUUACAAAUUGAAGUAAACUUUGCAAGAAGCACUCGUUUGCACUGGCUUUUAACUGGAAAUUAUGAACAAUGAUUAGUACUUUUUUUUGAUUAAAGCCUGAAUGCAAUAUGCAGAGGGCCUUACCAUAGUUUCAUAGAAAAAGAUUUAUUUUUGUUUAAUUUAUGCCAGUGCAGUGAUUUAGGAAUAUGUAAUUUUGUUAAUUAGUUACAUAAAUAAGGUUCCUAUUUUUAAGUAUUUACGGGUUUUCAUUUGUUAAACAUAAAUUCAUUCAUAAAAUUUACUAGAACGAAUGGUGAUCACCAGUUUCUCGCAUUUCCCAGUACCGUGAGGUUACCAUACCAUAGUUUGCAAUAGUUCUUUAAAGUUAAUUUUAAAUUUAAGAAUAAUCGGCCCAUUUGUGAAAGGAAAUAUAUCUCAGGUUAAUUAGAUCUGUUAAUUUCUAAUUUCUUUGCACCGUCAUUAUUAAAAUUAAUGUUUUAGUUUUGAGUUUAGAGCAGGGUGAUCUAUAUAUCUAAGUCUUUACACCAUUGUGGUGAAUUUCUAGUGGUUAAGAUUUAUGUGACUGUGAUAGGGAUAAAUAGAUAUUGAAAAUUGUAUUUUGUGUCGACUUGCAGAAGUGUAAUCGAGAAAAUGUGUCAUAAUUUUUAAAGGGAAGAGUAAACCCCGUCUAAGUUGAUGUUUGCCUUCAGUGUGUUCUUCACGAGGCGAUUAGUGUGUAACAUUAGUUUAAGGUUUUAGCCAUCGCAUAGCGGGCCAAAGCAAUGCGCGUUUAUUAUUGUCUUACUACUAAGCAUUAAAAUGUGAACCUAUACUGUACAAUAUAUUCUAUUUACACUUAUAUAUUUAUAUAACACUGGCCACCGAUUCAGAAAUAAUAAGGUUAUGUAAAUUAUUUUUAUCUGGCAACUCAAAACACACUGACACAUGUUGUCUGUGUAGUAUAGUAACAAUGUUAAGCCGGAUUUACAUUUGUCUGACGUGUCGUGUUGUGACGCAUCAGUUUCAUACAUUUUGUAUGCGGCACAUCAGAAACCAUCACGACAUGUCACAACACGUAGUGUAAACAUUGCCAUAUAAAAUGUAUGAUACCGAUUCUGUUCUGAUGCGUCAGACAAAUAUAAUUCCGCCUUUAGAGGUGGCACUAAAAGUGAUCGUAAAUGGCAGCCUAUAAUGAAUAAAACGACGUGAGGUGAAGCAAGUGAAAAUAAUAAAUAAUUUUAUCAGCGGCGUUUCGAUAUUCCGUAUACGUAUUGUACCUACCGUUUUGCCAUAGACGCUGUACAGAAUAUGUGCAGUGAUUUAAUGUUGUUAUCGGUGUUAAUAGUGUGGAAUUAUUGUAUACCAUGUACUUACAUGACUAAGAUUUGUGUACUGAGUGGUAUCACUUAUUUUAUAUAUUUUAGACCAUUGCACAAUGUCUACUAGCCUCCGACAAUUCUGUAUACGACUCUUUUCGCUCUAAAUCAAACAGCGUGACCGGCGACUUGGAUAAUGUGUAAUCGGUCUAAAAAUGUGUAGUUAAGAAAAGUAUCUAUUGCUUGUUGAAAGAUUUCGUUUCUUGAAAAUUCCAUUUGUUUUACUGGAAGUCUCUUUUUUUUUAAUAAAACUUAUUUUUUUCA